AAUUACAAUUAGAAACAAUAUUGAUUACAAGCCAAAAUUAAAUGACACAUACAUAAUCACAUUUUUUUUUAUAAGGAAAAACAAUUAGAUUAUUUUAAAGUGUAUUCUCCUAAGAAGCAAAAAUUUUAAUUUAAAAUUAAUUGAAACUUAACUAAUUUUCCUUCUCAAUGUUUCUUUAUAUCUCAUAUUUUUAUAGUAACGUGAAAUAGAAAUGAUUACACAACCUUCGGUCGUUUCAUCGGCGUUCAAAACGUCGCGCGGGCGGCGCGGGGUCUCGCCUCCGGAGUUCAGGGAGAGGGGCGAGCGAGAGAAAAUCGCCCCGGCAACAAAAGCGCGCUUCCAGCAUCCGGCGCGGCUCGGCCAAUAGCGCCGCUUGGCAACGAACGGCGGGACGAGGCGGCGCGCGCGAUUGGUCGGUUGACGCGCGUGGCGACUACCGGCGAGAGGGGGAGGCAGAGACACACGACGCAAGAACGGAAUUUACGAACGCGCGCCGUUCAAUGUGUCGGUGGAACGUCGGAGCGCUGGUGAGGGUAACCUAGAGGGCGAGUGCUGGCGAAGCGGGUGCGUGCGCACGUUUCCCUAAGCUGCGCGCACCCCCCAAGCGUCGUUCAUUACAAUCGGCUGGCGAGGGUGCGCGACGCGUUUCCCAGAGGAUCUGGCUUUCGCUUCUGGAUUUGGCUGUGUGUUAACCGAGUUGCCCGGUUUCUCCGCGUCGCCGGAAUUGCGCGUGAAAAUCAGACGCGGCGAGAAAGUGUCGGCGAAAACUUGUUGCUUACGAGGAGCGCGCAUGCGGGAAGGGUGGACUCCCUUUCCUCCAUGACUACGGAAUUGAGGAGCAGCUGGACGGCCGCGAGGUGGGAGAAGGGGAGGAAACGCCGGGCAGACAUGAGGUUAGCGCGCGUUUCCCGCGCGACGCACACGUGAGUGUACAGCGUGAAGCGACGCGCGAGUGUCAACACACGCGGCAAACGUCAAGUGCCGGCGCGACGGGACGGGACACCGCGCGCACUGCACUCGCCGCACUUCACGGCGCAGCUCGUCACGUCGGGUACCGCGAGUUUAUACCGGGAAAAGUGGCGGCGGAAUCGAGGAAUGGCAUCGAUGCGAUCUGACGCGAUCAGGAUCUUCGAGUGGAGGACGAGCCUCGUCUCUCCAUUUCUCUCCCGCGUGGCGUAAACAGACGGAUUCGCGAGUGGUGCGAGUGGCGCGAAUGCGAGGCGGCGGAAAUCGUGAGUGUUGUCGGUGUUGUUUUGCGUGUCGUCGACGACGACUUCCCGAUGAUUUAUCGCGUGUUGGAGUGUAUGUUCGUGAUUUAACGAAGAUUAAAACGCCGACGGACAGACCGCAUAUACGUGUUUCCGCGAGAUACCUGCCUGUCUACCCGACGGACAAAAGUGUGGAUCUUAACUGUAUCUUAUCUCCGCGAUAAACGGAAGACGAAAGUGAAGCGUGACCUAUUUUGAAGGGAAGGUCGCCGAAGUUUAAUAAACAAGCCGUGAAAACCGUGCCUCCUCUCGCCGUUAGGCCGCAAAACCGUACAAAUAAAGUGACGUUCGGAUGCCAAUGGUCGGCUGACAGGAAGGAGAGAGGAUCCCUUCGCUGCUCGAUGACGACGCGAGCACCGGAGCACCGCUCGACAUGCCGUUUCGCGUCCAAGGAAAGCUGGCGAGAUAGGUCAAAGUCGCGUUCGCGUUCGGAGAUCGGAAUUUCGUUCGGGCUCGGAUCGGAACGACACAUCGCGUCCUCGUCCACGAUGGAGGACGUCGACGUCGCGCGGCAGACGAUCGUCCGGACGCCGUGCGUCUCCAUGGACGGCAAUUCCCACGACAGCGUCGACAGCGGCUAUCUAUCCAUCGUGACGCCGCAGACGAUUGACGGCUGCACCCCGAAGCUGCUCGCCGGCGGCUACAGGACGCGCUCGUCCACCGGCGCCCUGCUCUCCUCCAGGAAGCACAGGUACCGUCCGAAUCCCAUUCAAUGCGAGAAGCCGCACCGGUACACCCGCUCCAAGCACGGCCGUCGGCUGAACAUCUCCGAGCUGGACUAUCUCGUGUUGGAGAACUCGGCCAGCCUCGUCGAGCAAGACUCGGUGCUGGAGCGGUCGUCGUGCGCGCACACCCUGGUGAGCUCCACCCCGAGCUGCGCCAACGAUGACCAAGCGUUCGAUCAGGCGGUCCUCAGGAACAGGCGGAACUGGCGUACCACGGUGCCCGUCACCCCCGCGUCCACGGACCUCCAGAUUCUCUCGCCGCCCCCGUCGCCGGCGGUGCCCUCCUCGUCCUACGUCGCCUCCGAGCCCAUCCGGGAGGACGAGGAUAUGAUGCUAGUCCACACGCCGCGGGGUAAGUCGCGGCGGGUCACCACGCCGUCGAAGCUCAAGGUUCUGAUACCGUCGAUCGUGAUCUCGCCGGUUCGUACGAGAAACGGUAGCAGCAGCAGCAGCGGCAGCAGCCCCGUCGCCAUAACGUCGGUGGAGAAUAAAAAAUUGCGAGAGCUGCGCAUCACGGACCUGGCAGCGUCCGAAAUCAAGCCGAAGAAGCUGGACUUCAACCAUCGCGGCCUGUCGUCGCUACGGAACAGCCGGAGGGCCACGUUGGAUUACACGGGGAAGGGGAAGGUGGAUUUCCUGUCCCUUCUCGGGGAAGAGAGCAAUCACUUGAAUUUGGUAUCGAAGAUCCUGUCGUACCUGUCGCCCCAAGACCUCUGCUCGGCCAGCAUGGUGUCCAGAGUGUGGAGGAAGAUUUGCAAAAGCGACUUUUCCGCCAAUAAGCGAAGAAUGGGUUUUAUCAUGCGUAAGCACACCGUGAAGGAGAACUUGUGGCUGCUGGCGAUGGCGAAGAAGGCGAAACGCGAGGAGGAUAUACAGACGAGUCCUAAGAGUAGACGUUACGUUCGAAAAGGGUACCUACUAGACGUGCAAAACAUGCUGCAAAUCCCGGCGCAGCCAAAUAGCCCGCCUGUAUCGCCGAGCAAAAUCAAAUUUCAUUCCUUCGUCAAGGCUAGUCGUAAACUCGCAAAUGGCGAGUACCUGUUACGAUGUCCGAGAUGCAGCUUUCCCUGUCACGUGGACAGCGAGAAAAGCGUGGGUGCCUGCUCCAGGCAGGGUUGUUCCAUCGAGUUCUGCAUUUCGUGUUCGUCAAAGCCGCAUGCGGGCCCGUGCAAGACAUCCUUACUGACCACUCCGACGAAGCGCAACAACAAACGACUGAUUGCCGGCUCGAGGCAGAGCAAACGGAAUCUACGGCGAUUGUAAAUCGAUUCCUUUUCCCUCCAUCGAUCCGCGUUUCGAUCGUUUGCGAGGAGAGAAGAACUAGUCUAGUUAUGGAGUCGUGUCGACUCUAUCGAGAAAGGGAACAAACGCAUGUAGGUAGAUAAAAUAUGUACUAUAGACGUCAAGAGCCAAAAGCGAUUUUAUAGUCUAAUUUGAAAGAUAAAUUAUUUUAUCUAGUGAUUAAUUUUUCUGAUUAGUUUGAGAGCAUUGGAGUAAAACUGAUGCGAUGACGGCGACCGUCGUGUGCUUGAGUAAAACUUUCUAUACAUAAUCAUAUACGAAAUUUGUUUCUAGACCAUGUCUGUGAUUAUAUCUGAUUUUAUAUUAUGUUAUAUAACCAUAAAUAUAUAUGAUCAUGUUCCUUCUGUUAUGUGUAUACAUCAUUUGUGAAAAAUAGAGUUAUAUACUAUUAUCAGCGUAUGCGUUUAAUAGGAUUCAAAGUUCUAAGAUGCAUGUGCAUCUAAUAUAAAGCAUGUAACUCUUCGUGGUCACUUGGGAUCUAGUAGACCCCAAAAAAGUUUGAUCCUCUAUAUCUGAAUCAUUAUUUGAAAAUUAGAUGACUUUUUUAUGUUACAAUCAAAUUUUUACACUCGACUAGACAAUUUUCGAAUAUUUUUGAACAAUAUUUAAAUUUAUUCAGUAUUUUCCUCGUUGUAACCAGCACAUAACUUUUUAGAGGUGACCACGAAAGGAUAAUUAUAUUAUUGUGUACAAUUAUAAUUGCAUACACGAUAUAAAGUCAGAUAAAAUCACACAUGGUUAUAUACAGAUAAGUUUCAUAUAUGAUCAUAUAUGAUAAUAAUCAUACUUGUAGUCAUAUAUCAUUAUAUAUGAAAAUUUUUUUUUGGAUGUUAAAAUGAAUUUCAGUUGCGUACCGUAGCGAUAUGACAUCUUCAUAGCGCAAGAUACAAUAGCAUCUAUAUUGCUAAGUGCCUUUUUGAGAGCUGUUCUCGUAUAGCAUAUUAACCUACGAGGUGGCAUAAGUGUAUUUAACUGUCGUAAAUGCCGCUUAUGAAUGAUUUUUAAACGCCGUAAAAUCCACGAACGCCCUAAUUCGCCCCGAUCCGUCGACAACCACGAAAGAGGCUGAUGCCGAAGUACAACUUAAAUCUCCCGAACGACGUCGGCGAAUGCGCAACCGAAUCCUUCUCCAGUCCUCCUCCUGGUCGAUCUUCGGAGUAAAUUCCGCCCCGAGCAAUGCAUCUGAACGAAGAACGAAAGAAAGAGAGAAAGCGGCGAGAGAAUGAGAGGCUAAUGUGGGGAGUCAGGGGGAGAAUACCCUCAGCAGAACUCGGAGAAGAAGAAAAUGUGAGUGCGAGAGAGAAGGGAGAAAUGAGAACCCAUAAAGGCAACGGUCGUAAAACCACGUAAGGUACCGGCGAAACAUUUUGCGUCGCCCGGAUAUUCCGCUUUUUACCGGGCGUUCUCGGUUCCUUAAUGAAGACGGGGAGAGAGUCGACCGGGGGUUCGCGCAUGUUUCUUGCGGCUGAGACCUGCCCGCAGAAACCGCUCUUUCUCCUUUCCUCCCUCCCUCCCUCUUUCUCUUACGGGAAUCGUAAAACACGAUAACCGCCGAGACGUCGUGAAUCUCUGAUGUCUCCUCGAGAUGUGAACGAGACGAAUUCGUUUAACGACUCGAUUCGGCUUACCAUUCUUGUGUUUCCAUGUAAAUUCUAGAAACAUACGAAGUUUUUAUUUCUUUUCGAACAUUUUUUUAUUUCUUCUUUAACCCUACUUGCCGGAAUACGAGCAGAUUAAUUAAUUUUUACUUGUAACAAUAUGUAACAAUACUGAAUUCGUGAAAGAAAUGGUAAUUAAUAGCAUGGUUUAUGAUUAAGUUUUGAAACAUGAUUAAGAUUUCUUGUUGCAAUAUUUAUAGCAAAAAAAUGAGAAACAUUAGAAUGAGGAAUUAUCUCAUAUAUUACUCUCUUUUUUUUUUGUAUGUCGUUAUCGUUAAAAUUACAUUUUACAAGUUCUCUCUCCGACGCGAAUCUGGCGACAUAAUCGUACUUUCACUCAAUAUGUACUAUCGAAAUUACAUGGAAAUAGAUGAAUGCAAGCGUGCGAGAGAUAAUCAGUAUCAGAAUAGGAAGCGAGAAUAGAAAAAAAUGAAUAGUCACACAUAAUUAGGAAAAAACUGUUAUCCCGCAAAAAUAUGAGUCACGUAUUAAUAAUUUCAUUUUAUGUUAUCUGAUGGACUAGAGGAAAAGAUUUUACACGAGUGCAAGGAAUUUAAUUUCAAGUUGUCUUCAGGAAAGGAAAGAGAUAAUAUUUGCUCUUGCAUUUCUUAAUGUCAGAAGCCGGUGUAAAACCGAACAUUCGACACUUGUGCCAUGAUUAAGUUCGCGCCAUAAUAAUUGCCAUAUUUUAAAAACUGACAUGAUUACGAGGGAGAAAGAAACAAGCACGCGUUUCGUCCUCGAGUAAAAAAUCCUCGAUGGGGUGCCAUAUUAUAUUAUUUUGUUUUCUUUUUUCCAUUCGUGCACCUUUUAAUCCAAGUCUGUUUAAAUGUUUUUAAAUCUUUUAAAAGUAACGUUAGUUUGUCCUGUUUAUACUCUUAUUUUUAUACUGAUCUAUGCGAAAAGACUGUAUGUAAAUAACGUGAUAGUAAUAUAUUUUGUAUUUUACGAUAAAGUUUCGUCGAUAUAAUCGAUAUUUUAUUUGCGUCAUGUUCUCGUUAAAAAUAUGUUCAUUGUAUUAUAUGAUUAAUGAUGUCUCUCUUCACCGAUUGCUGUGUGAUGUUUGUAAAAAAGAUUUAACCGGUAAAUUUUAAUUAUCUUUAAUUUAUCUUAUGAAAUUAUUUUUUUAUAAUUUGGCAGAUGAAACAAAUUUUUUAUCAUUUAAUUUUUCCUUAUUUAAAUUAUUUGAAUUAUUGUUCUCUUAUGUGCUCUCUAAAAAAAUAGAUGUAGAAAUUAUUUUCGUUACCAUAAUACCCACGAAAUAAUCUAAGUAAGAAAAUUCCAUUAAUAUCACGAUUUACGCACAGAAACUCAUUAGUAUCUUUUAAGUGAUUUAUAUCGGAUUUUUUAUUGUAUUAUCUAGAUCGAAAUUGUUUAAGAUAUUUUAAUUGGAAGACUUGAAUAUAGCAUUUCAUAAUUUCAAAUCAAUAUAUAAUGUAUUUAUAUCGAAUCAUUAGCCCAACUGCGUCACUGCGUGAUUAAGUUAGUUAUAUAAUAUUUUGAUAAAGGAAAAUUUAUUUUUUCUUUCGAAACAAUUACCAUUUGCAUUGAUCAACACAACCCAAAAUUAAGCAUCGAUUUUGAUGCUUCAAUUUAUACGAGCAAUAUUCCAUUUGGUAUCUUCGAACAAUGAUUCAUAGAUUUUAAUACUCAGGAGAUGUUUUGGCAGGAAUCCGAUACAUUAUUUAGUCUAAGUUAUAUUUAAAAAAAAAAUCUUUAGCCACGAAGAAGUGAUACCAAAUAACGUGCCUCAAUAUGCAAUAAGAAAUAUAUCGAUAUUUUUAUAAAAAUGAACAUAUUUUCAUGUUUAGUAUAUAAGUUUUAUCAUAUAUAUAUUGCUCUCGAGGAUAUAUUUCAAGCAAAAUGCGAGAAUGCUCAAUACUCUCCUUCGCAUAUUAUAUUUUAUAUUUAGAAAUUUUUGAAUUCAUAUAUUAGAAACGAUUUUAAGAAAUACGUCUAGAAGUGCCGAAGAAUUAUUAUAGCAAAUGUGCAUUAAAAUUAAUUAAAUGUUGUAAACCCUUUCAGGGUAGGUUCCUGUAUUGUCAAUUAAAUAUAAUAUUUUUUCG